CGUCUACUAACAAGUCUAAGCAACACCCUAUUGCUGACUAGAAUUACCUGAACAACGGUAGGGAAUAAGAUGGAUCUAUCCCGUUAAGAUCCUCUUUAUGCCUGUAGGCAAGCGAGAACGAGCCAACUAGUCUGUACUCGCCCACAUAUCAGGAUUUGUCCCUUCCCGCUGAUUACAAGUAGAGACGCUACUGUAUUCGUAUGAGCACAGAAACUAAGUCUUUGAAAAGAAAGUCUGAAGAACCUGUUAGUGAUCAGGUUCCUGUUAAACAAACUGAUAAGUUGGAAGAAGUUCCAAGACGUCCCACAAUUAUAAGUCCCAUCAAACUAAACAUACCCGCACAGGAAGUUUUACCAGAGAUUCCAAAGAAAGUUGAUGACAAGAUUCGUGAGAUCUUUAAUUCUGAUGAAGAAGUGAGUUUGUUAGAUGUCAAAGUAUACUCGUCUUCAGAGUGAAGAAGAGGAGAUCCCAACGGAAGCCAGAAUACGGAUGCGCAAUUUAGGAAGGUAUUUUUAUUAUAUUUUGUCGUAGGUUUUCUGUGUUCGCAUCCUUAUGGAAUGACGAUUCCGUAGCCUAAUUCGUUCGCUGUAUGGUUGCACAUCACCGCUUCUAUUGCUUAAGCUGUUGGUAGUUUGAAAAUUCUUGGAUGUGCUUGCGAGGUGAUUUUCACCCCCGCAGUAGAGCCUUCUACAAGUUUAGCACACUAUAUAUCGAUUCAAAGCAGCAGCAUGUUGGCGGGUAAUAGGUUUGUUACAGAUGGUCUGUCACUACAAAUGUCUGAAAAGUAACCGAAGUAUUCAACGCAGAAUGAUCCUUUACAUCACAUUUCAGUUUAAGCCGAAUGAUGUUCUUCAUAUGACUUGGCCGUAGCUGCUAUGUCUCGCUUUUGUUACAUGCAAGUCUAUAUUCCUGCUCCACCUACCAGUACAAAUUGGUAUUAUCAUACGCCCCCAUACAUUGUGACAAGUAGCCUACUUUAUAAACCUGUACAUAGUUAAACUGCACCAAGUAACUAUACUAGCGUCCUGGAAUUAGUCUGCGCUAAAUAUAACUUAAUUUGAACAAUCUCAUUCCUUACCUGAGUUGAGUCAGCUAUAUCGGGUUAGUUACUGAAUAAACCUCAUCACAUAAACGGAAGACUUAUGUGACUCGUUAACGUGGCAUCUCUGAACUCUGCCAGAUAUUUUACCGUUUGUCAAGAAAAGACUGUGCUGCACGGUAGUUCGCAUUAAAACCGACUAAGCCAGCCGUUAAAAGUAAUUGGUUUCCAAGGUGUUUCAGGUUCUUGUGAGACCGCUUCUGGUUUGUCUCAGAAGGGGUGAGCAAAGUCGAGUUUUGCGCAGUGAUAGGCUAGUGAAGCAAGGCAUUAUGGGUGGGACUGUGGGCUUGAACCAGUCGAGAUGACUGAAAAACAUGUCACGCGUGCCCAGUCAUCACCUUGCCCAGAGGUUGUGUCAACUUGUGUAUUACCAAGUUGGAAGGAGACGAAAGGUGGCCGGGCGGGGACCUGAAAGUGGCUGACAAAGUUUCUGACUUGAAUGAAGUCGCCCAAGUGCUUCGAACCAUUGAUUCGAGAUUUGGUGUCAGGAUCAGAAUUGAGCAACGUUGCACAGAUGCGAAUUUUCAGGAUUCGUUUGUUCACCCUCUCAUAUCCUUCCUCUCUAUUCCACUAUCAUCUAUCGUUUCAUCACAUUCCACGUUGAUCUGUUUAUUUACGCUCUGUAUCCACAAUAUCGAUCUGGGGGUUCAGUUACGACAAAAACUGGAAUACUUUCCCUUUGGGUCUUGUUUAGCAUGUCUCUGCCACACCUUAAUUAGCCAUACCUAAUCCACUUACAGUACGCAAACAGCAGUCCUGAAAACUACAGUCGUUUGAAGGCCGUAAAGGACGAUGUGGGGAAGUCAGACGAUUCUGUACUCAAUAGACAACCUCAUUCAGUCAGCGUGGAACCUGACAUUAUUACGUAACUGUCCCUGUUGGUGCACCCUUAUCAGCGUAUCGAAGUAGAAGGCGAUACGAGAAAAGAUAGGGAAAUAGAAGAGAAAGUCAUCAAAAGCAGUAAAGUCGUGCAAAUAGAGAAAGAGACAGGACAAAACUGUGACAGACAAGAUGAGGAUAUUGUGUGGAUGCAUUCACAUAUCAUGUAGAGUCUUCAGUUAUUGGUUUCUGUUGUCACGCAGACUCCAACAGGGAAGUUUGCUUUCUAGACUGCUCAGGUCAAUAGGAAAGCACUUGAUUAUGUAGUGCCAUAUUUCGCACUGGCCACAUCUAACUUUUCUUCAGUCUAUACCCCCUUCAGUUGGCGUUGCUUGCAGACGUAGACUUUGACUUAGAACGUGUAACACAUGUCCCAGCCAUGCAAGUCGAUCGAGGUUCACAAUCUCUUCUAUCUAAAACUUUGCGUCUAACCUAUACGUUGCCAACGUGGUUUACCUAACAAGACUGUGUCACUUGCGUACUCUGGGUCUACUAAAAAGUCUUCUGUAACGAGGUCAACACCCUUAUGGCAAGACAAGAAGAGAGAUCUCUCCAAGUGAAUGUACAUCAGAACUAAAUAUGGAUGUAGAUAAUAAACAUACUUGACGGAUACCAUUUGAUAUGCACAACUCAUCUAAUACCUCUAACACGCUCACGGAUGUUCAAACACAAAGCCUUCAAUAGAGUGAUGUACUUCCGCAGUACCCCCUUCAGUGACAGACUGUCAUAAGGCCUCUCGAUUAGUAUAUUCAAAUACCACCUGCAGGUCAAGGAAUAUAUAUACUGUCAGGGAUCAGUGGAGGGGGGUGGGGGUGGAAGGGGGCUGUAUAUCCGGUGGAUACACUUACGAAGUUACAAGGUUCAGCGCAUUCACUAGCUUCUCAUAUUGGUCGCCAUUCAAUUCCGAAAAAGGUGUUACGUAGUAAAGUUGCGGCUCCUUUGUUCUUUGUCAACUCAAGCAUGCUAAUGCUUAUCCUUACUUGAAGUAUUCUGUAACCCUUCAAUGUAUUUUAAUACACACCUAUGAACUGUGGUAGCCGAGAAUACGUGGAACCCAUAAGCAUUUCGUAGACUGGCAUCUUAAGUGUGUCUGUAUGUGUAAGUAUGUGAUGGAAGCGAGUUGGCAGUGUUGAGAUCGUUAUUGUCACUUCUUUGGUCAUCUUGUAACAUUGUUACAUAUCGCUCCUUUAUUGUGCUAUAGCUAUUUCUGUAGCGUCAUUAAUUUCAGUUCUUUGUACACGCUGUUGAUGCAUUAGUGUGCCAACCCUGAGUGAUAACAUAAAACGGAAGGAUGGAACUCACACGCUACGUCGACCCAAAAACAAGCGUAAAGAUUCAUCCUAGCAGCAGCGAAUGGCUUCGUGACAGUUGUUUGUCUGUUCUAAAAGUUGUAUUUGAAUGAGGUUCUAUGACAUGGAUUUGAUUUCGAUUUCAAAGGUGUUGUUUUGACAGCCUCUGUGACAUCUCAGAGUGCCGGAAGGUGUCACUAAAUCCUAAGCAAUCGUCUCGUCUUUAUGCUAUCCCUCAUGUUUCAAUUAGUUUUCAUCAACGUGGGAUUUCUACUCUUUAUUCUUUUUCACCUACUUUAGUUAUUCAUUCGCCGUUUAUUUCCUAGAUGACUGAAAAGAACUUGUUUCUCAGCUAGUAAACAGUAAAAUGUUUUCUGGUCCUUUCGGUGUUGGAGGUAUCACUUUACAUUGGUCUUUACAGAACUACGGAGCCUCCUUGUUGCUAGUGCGUGAAAAUUAGGAUACGUUGGGGAGUCAUUAUUCCUAUUGUGAGCAAACAUCGUAGUGACGGCCUCGUACUCAUUAUCAGAUGAUCUAAUCUUUUUACCUAUAGUGAUUCAUUUUGUGAAUUAUGCUCCAUACACUUUCCUGCAAUUUUGCUUACUUUAAAAACAUAGCUAAUAUUUUCUUAUGUGAAGUCAUUUUUUACCUCGAAACCACACCAUCAAACUAAUAUUCGCACUUUCAGCAUUCAAACCCGAUGUCGCAUGUAACUAAUUGAAACUCCAACAUAAUAGACCAUCGAUGUAUAUUGUUUCUGAGACGUUCGUACGAAAGUUAUGUGUAUUUAUUUAGCUGACUUUACCUAUCAGAUAUGUCGAAGCCAUACCAUUCAUCUUACGCAUUUAUGGAGUUAUGAUGGUAAAUUCCUAUGGGAUCAGAGAUACAGAAGCUCCAACAUAUGUUGUUGUGAAGAUCCGUGAAAAUAACAAGACAGUAUGAUUCAAGCCUUUUAGCUUAAAUAAGGCCAAGUAAUUCGAGUUGACCGUUAGUAGAAGCAUAUAUCACUAUAUUGAAAGGAUGUGCAGUAGGAAAAAAAUACAUAGAUGUUGUGUAAUGAUUGACAGAUGAAGUCAAAAUCUGGGUCACGUUAAAACUCGAAUCAACAGCUUCCGGGUUGUUAUUCACGUACGCCAAAUAUAUUCCUUCAUAGGACUAAAUUAAUUAAGGUCUUAUGGCAUUGUUUGGUUUACACAUAAUGGCCGAUCGGAUAUGCUGCUUAAGGCUCACACCUAACCGAUUCUCGAUGUUCGUAUAAUACUGCGUUUGGAAAAUGUAUGGGUUUUAUCCCCUGUCGAAAGACCUUACAGUAAACAAAUAACGUAGUCUGCGGGGCGGAUGUACUGGAGAAAGCGUCUCUGAUGCUGGCUCACACGAAAAGAUACUUUGAGGUAUUAUCUUCACAAACAAAAAGGCUUUAGUCUAAAAUUCAGCAGAAGGUUUCGGUCUGACGUAGCGGGGGAUACCGGUUCAAUACUACCGAAAUGUAACAAAUUGAGAACAGUUACCCUCACCCACCAACUUUGACGAAUCCAUUGUAAAUCGAAAGACGAGUUGCUGUCCGUUUGUAACCUUUCAGUUUGUUACUGUUUCUUAAAUGUCCUGAUUUUCGUUCGAUGUAUGUCUCACAUGUAACCUUUUGCGCUUUCAUGACCGGUUGUUAGCUGAUCGAACACAUCACAAAAAUGAGACGAUUAACAGCCAUGUGGUGCAAACACAGAGUCUCUUCAAUAUUUUUUGAAUGAGGCACGAUUUUUUCCAUGUUCGUUAAUUCAGAAAGUAUGGUCAUAAUUCGAAGGAAUCUUGAGCAGUUGUAAUGAAAUGUAUGAACUAUAAUAACCAUUGAAUAGCCACUAUUCGUAAAGCAAACUGAACAUUCUAGGUAAAUGAUAAUAACCAAAUGAAGAUUUUUGAUAUGCCCAGCAUGUUUUCAGACAGAUUGUGAAUACACAUGGUUAAUUUUUUUCAGAUAUACUCCAACAUCCUGCGGACCGAAUUCCUUUGGGAAAGGAAGAUUUGGUUUUGUUGAUCGAAGAGCAUUACUUAACAGACAAACAGAGGCGUUAAAUGCAGCCGUUUCAGAGGAGAACAAUCGUUGAAAACUCAUUCAGGAAUUAUCGGUAUGACUACUUACCAAGCAGGUAAAUUAGGAAUACUACUUGGUUCUACAUCGUAUGUUAAUAACCAUUCGCACACUAUGUAUAAAACAAACAAAAACAAAGACGUAACUGUACUUAUGUUGUCUAAUUUUGAUUACUUUCUUUCUUGUUAAAAAUCACUAAACAUUCAUCAUAUUCA